AUGCAUAUAGGUAAUCCACGACAAAUUGUGUAUGGCUCCUUCGACACUGGAAGUAGUUUGUCAUGGUUCAAAUGCAAUCAACCUAUAGAAAAAUUGGGAUGUGCAAACAACAAUGAGGACUCUCUCCCAAGACAACUAUACGCAGAUGACCCCAAGUUUUCAUACUGCAUAUCAAGUGACCUAAGUCAAAUCAAUGUCCUCUUAUUUGGUCCUGAAGCAAAGAUCCAAGGCCAACCCGGACCAAUGUUUAGAAACAUGUUCAAUGAUAAUUAUUUCAUUGACCUCCUUGCAAUCACAGUGAAUAAUGAGAGGUUAGAUGUGUUACCAUCAGUAUUCCAAAUGUCGGAUUCUGGGACAAGAGGCUUCAUCGUAGACUCAGGCUCCACCUCCACUUGGUUAACCUCGGUGGCUUUCGAGGCUAUGAAAAAGAAGAUGGUGCAAAUGUUUGGUCGUCCUCCUAUCCAGUACACGGUCCAAGGUAGCGUACAUUUUGAGAUAUGUUAUGAAAGUAGAAAGUUUAUAGAUGGGAGGCCGCCUGUAAUAGGAUUUCAGUUUGUGAAUUAUUUGUUAGAGAUUGAGGAGAGUAAUAUGUGGUAUAAGAUACCCGAUUCCACUUUGCAAUGUUUAAUAAUACUUGAUGGAAAGAACGACACCAUAUCCAUCCUUGGAAGUUACCAACUUCUUGAUGUUAAUGUUGGGUAUGAUCCUAAUAAGGGAGCCUUGUAUUUUGAUAAGAUUAAGUGCCCUAAUCCUUGA